CCAGGCACAGUUUUGUCAUUCCGGAUGUCCCCACUGGGGUGUUGUGUAUGUGUCUCUGUGUGUGUGUUGUGACAGAAAAGGAAAUCCAAGUCAAAAGGUGGUCACAGCUGAUCUCUGGGAAUUGGCCCUCCUUAUGGGAAGCGAAGAGACUUUUGAGCCAAGUUUGGAGGAUGGGGAAAAGCAGCACCAAAGUGAGAGAAGACCAGAACAAGAUCUAGAUUUCUGAAGAGAAAGAGAUGGAUGCUUCUUAUCCUUUUCCUCCUGGAAGAGUGAAUUCUUUCCUUCUGAUGCAAUGGAUACUGAUGUUUGUCUUCAUCGUAUCAUCCUGCUCCAGUUUGUCCGAAGAUCCAGUUUUGCUCCAGCGAGAAGGAGGGGGUGUAUGUGUGUGUGUAGGAAACACAGAUGGUUCGGCACACCAGCAGUAUGUUAACUAUGGCGUCCCAGAAGUGAUCUUGCCCUGCUCCAUCCCAGAAAAUGCAUCCACAGUGCAAUGGCGUGUAAAUGGCACAUUGGUGCCCAUUUUGAAGGCGGCAAGCAAGGAUGGCAACCUGGUCUUGAGGAACCCCAGUUUUGCACAAGAAGGGGAAUACACAUGCCAUGAUCUGGCCACCGGACGGAGGCUGAAACGGAUUCAUCUCAAGCUGGGCUACCCUCCUGAGAAACCUGUUGUCCGAUGCUGGUCCGCAAGUUACCCGGCCGCCAAUUGCACCUGGAGUUUGGAAACGGAGACACACAUGCCCACUUCUUUCUUCGCCACAUACAAGUAUGGUUGGGAAGGAGAGGUGUAUGAGUGCAUCCAACCCAUUCCAGGGGCCAACAGCUGCUUCAUCCCCAACAUCCAGAUGUUCGCUAUCGAUCCCUAUGUGCUUAACGUGACAGCCGUGAACCCUCUGGGGACAGCCACGAGUCUCUUUUUCAUCUUCCUGGACGAGAUCCUCAAGCCGGACCCCCCAGAGGAUGUGAAGGUCUCUCCGAUCCAAAGAGAAAAGAAAAAGCUCCUUUUGGAAUGGAAACCUCCUGGUUCGUGGCUCCUACCUGAAUAUUUCCCCUUGAAGUACAUGGUCCGUUACUGGAGGGAGGGAUCUAACACCAACAAGUCGACCAGGCCGACCGAGCAAACCUACUUCGUCUUGACUGGCAUCCGUUCUGGAGUAAAGUACCAGGUCCAAGUCGCCGCGAAGGACUUUCUUGACAAUGGUGAAUACAGUGCCUGGAGUACUCCAGCCUCUGGAACAGCUUGGGUCCCAGAAUGAUGGGCUAUAUGGUCCUUGUGAGGUGGACAAACCCAAAUAUCAAUGUUUGGUAAUAUGCAAGAGUCAUAUAUAUAUGGAAUAAAAGAUGAGGGUGAACUAAAGUACAUGUAGUUUAGAAUAGAGGCUUCUGGGAGAGUGGAAUGCAGAAGGGGGGCAGAUGUAGAGAUGUUCAAGGUGAAGUAAGUGUUCAUCCAGGCGUAUAAAGGGAACAAAGAUCCUUAGUAUGAUAAAGAAUGUAAUUUCACUGGCAGAAGGGCCUCUGAAUGCCAGCGUAGCUGAUAAGAGACAAUGGGGUGUAGCCAAAUGCAUUUUAAAGUAUAUUUAAAUGUAUUCAUGUAUCUGGGCUAUGACUGCUGGAAAUUUAUAUGUUUGGAGUGAAUGCCCAAUGAGGUGAUGAAGAUGAGUUUUCUUUGUCUGUUUCCCUAUAAAGGUAACCAUUUUCUUUGGCUUGAUGCCUCAGUUCUGUUGGAAUGGGAAUUCUGCUGGGGACAGCUAGCUUUGAAUAAAUCUGAAUUCCCAACGAAA